AUGACAUUAAAUACAACGCAAAAAACUUACGCCCAAUUUUUCCUUUGGGGCACUUGGGCAAUGGUUUAUUUUCAUAACACCUUCGUCUCUAUCGCGUAUUAUCAUGCUCGUAAAGCAAAUAUAUCGAAUCUUAUCAAGAUUAUCUUUAAUUUCUCUGGUUUUGUCAAAGUUGUCCUCCAAAUAGUAAAAUCAUUGGCGACUGAUGUAAAUGAUGAUGUUUGCUUAGCUGAAGGAUAUAUUACAAAUAUAGCUACAGUGCUAUUUCGUUUAUCCUUAAGUGCAUUUUUAUUAUGGCGAGUAAGACAAAUUGAAUAUAAACGAAGUGAUUCGAUAAUUGGUUUUGCACUCUUUUUUUGUACAGGAGUUUUACAGUUUACCCGUGCCUUUCUCUAUAAGCUAACAAGCGUUCAUUCCGUCGGAACAUACAUUUGUACUUCACCUGUUUCAGAUGCAGUUGUAAAUUUACAAUGGACAUUUCUUGCAAUAGACUUCGCUAUUGAUAUUUUUGUAACAAUAAGAUUAGUUCAAGUACUCGGUAAAGCCAACAAUAAUGCCAAACAUGUAGCAUCAAACAUGAGACGCCCUCAUAAAAGAACAUUAUUUACCGCAGUCUUGUACUGGAACUUUUUGCGAUUAUUUAUCACAAUAUCUUACCACGUGGUUUCAGCGGUAUACGCUAAAAUGUUUCAAAUCGACGGGCUUACCAUAACAUAUGUCUUUACAUUCAUUUAUCUUUCAAUGUCGUAUUUGAUAACUGCUGAUGCAGAGAUAGUGAGAGUGAUUGAGGGGCGUGGUCCAACUGUCAACGGAAAAACGGUUGUUUCCGAGAAACCAUCAUUUAAUAAAGGAAAUAAAAAUACAGGAGGUCAAACAUCAACCUUUGAUAUCUCAACUAAAGACUCACACGAUUUUACAUCAACCCAACUUUCAACAGCAUCGCAAAAUACUCAAAAGAUCGGUAAAAAUACAGUGGUUGUCUCAUCAAUGAAAAGGGUUUCUUUUUUUGAAUGGGCAAAAUCCGUCGCUGGCAAACGUACCGAUAAAAAUGAAACUCAUAACAGCACAGAAGAUGAUUCAAUUGAAGAAAUACGACCCGAAGUAAACGAUGAAGUUGAUCCUGAACUUGGGCUUUGCGGCAACGCUGAAACAAAUGUAAAUCUCGCUAAUAGAUCUGAAUUAGAUGCAAACCGAAUCAGUGAUCAUAGUCUAACUACGACUGUCACAGAAUCAACAGUUUCUAGUACAGACAUGAAUAAUGAAUCAAAACACAAUUCAAUUGGCAAUGCUCUCUAA